AGGCUGCACGCAUGGCAUAACAGUUGGCAGGCCGCAGGUUAGGUUAUGAACUAGGUGCUAUCACUGUUAAUAUUUCAGAGUGGAAACUUUAGUACAUACUGCUGCUAUUCGACGCUUCACCCCUGGGGGAUGGCAGUGGCUAGAUCCACUUCAACAUUCGCACCUUCUGACAACCACUGUGGGGCAGUUUCACAGGCAGAGGGAAUACAAGUCACUUGCCGUAGCUCUUGGGUUGCCGGUAGGCAGAGUGAACAGGAUGAACAUAAACUGCACUUAAUAGACUCUCUGGCUGGAAGAGCUUACCUCAGUGUCCCCAGCUUUAGAUGGAACGUGUGAAAAUGGGAGAUGCUGCCAAGCAAGUCAGAGGCAGGGAAAUAAUGGAUGAAGAUGAUUUAAAGAGAAGUCCUGCCAAGCUAUCUUAUUUGGGCUAUGAUGGCUAUGGAAAGAAGGUAGAAAGAGACUCUCCGAGGCCGAAACCUAUCACAAUAAUUUACAGCAGCAAUUCCAGGAACGGGCCGCAUCAGAAUGCUGUAAAAAAAUUCAGCCCUGGUGGGCGAGAGGGCACUAAUCAUAGGGAUAGUGUCAAACAUGAGCAGCGAAACAAUUGUGAUAACUGGAGGGAGUUCCGACGGCAGACCUAUAACCGAUCAAGGAACAAUUCGACUAACGAGCCAGGAGAUGGCAGCAGGCGGCAGGACUUUGGGGAGAGACGUAAUCAAAUUGGAAGAAGACAAAAUCACAAAGAUGCUGCCAUUGGAGAUCUGCAUGGUGUUCGUCCUGAAGUCUCUGAGUCACUGUCCCAUGGGAAAGUAAAGCAUGAGAGACAUCGUCAGCAAGAGCAAGAUGAAGAGGACUGUCUGGAAAGCCCAAUUGUAGAUGAGUCAGCGUUGUCCAAAAAGGAGCUGCUGGGGCUACAGCAAGCAGAGGAGCGCUUGAAGCGGGACUGUAUUUACAGAUUGAAACGGCGUCCUAGAAAGUAUCCUACAGCUGCUUAUACCUGCAAGCUCUGUGAUGCCCUUGUUGACUCUAUAUCAUCUGCUCAUAAACAUAUUAAAGAAAAAAGGCACAGGAGAAAUCUAAAGGAAAAAAGGGAAGAAGAACUGCUGACAACACUGCCGCCACCAACACUGCCGCAGAUACAAGCAAUAGAUAUUGCGAUUAGUAAAAUAGUACAGGACCAUGGAUUACAUGAAGAUGACUUUGCGAAGAGACAGUCCAUUAUAACUGCCAUGGAAUCGCUCAUGAAAGAGAAACUCCCAGGGUGCUCUCUGCGGCUUUACGGAUCCUCCUGCAGCAGAAUGGGUUUUACAAAUUCAGACCUGAACAUAGAUAUUCAGUUUCCUGCAUACAUGGCUCAACCAGAUGUUCUUUUGUUAGUUCAAGAAAGUCUGAAACAAAGUGAUUUGUUCACAGACUUUGAUGCUGAUUUCCACGCCAGAGUGCCUGUAGUAGUCUGCAGAGAAAAACAAAGUGGCCUCCUGUGCAAAGUGAGUGCAGGCAAUGAAAACGCUUGUCUUACCACCAACCUUCUGGCUACAUUGGGCACAUUAGAGUCAAGGCUCCUGCCUCUGGUGGUGGCAUUCCGGUACUGGGCAAAGCUGUGUGGUAUUGACAGACCUGAAGAAGGUGGCUUACCACCAUAUGCGGCAGCUCUGAUGGUUGUGUUUUUCCUUCAGCAAAGAAAGGAACCUGUUCUUCCUGUCUAUCUGGGGUCAUGGAUGGAAGGCUUUACAAUUUCUAAACUGGGGAACUUUACUCUGAGAGAACCUGUGAGAGAUUACGUGAUUUGGGAGCACAGCACUACAGGACCUACAGGACAUGGCGAGGCUCUUAAAGACUGUUCUACUAAGGGGAAGGCUCCACUUGUCUUUGAUGCAGAAAAACAAUGCUCUGCCUCUGUAGGUCAGCUGUGGGUUGAUCUGCUAAGAUUUUAUGCCCUGGAGUUCAAUAUGGCUGACCUUGUUGUUAGUAUUCGUGUUAAAGAGAAGAUUUCAAGGGAAUUGAAGGACUGGCCCAAGAAAAGAAUCGCUGUAGAAGAUCCAUACUCUGUAAAGAGGAAUAUUGCAAGAUCCAUGAACAGCCAAUUGGUUUACGAGUACAUGCUUCACUGUCUGAAGGCAACAUAUAAAUAUUUUGCCAUGCCCCAAAACAGAUCUGGAAAAUCAAAUGCUAGGAAACCCACUGAGUCUGGGACAUCUGCUGACCAUGAAGGUGUACCAGCUGGUACUGCUUCUGUGAAGAUACCACAUUUAAUCACAGCUGAGAAAAUAAGUAGGAAAUUGGAAGACUUGACCAUUGAUGACCAUGAUGCCACUUCAGGACAAUCUGUCAUUAGUCAUGACCAUGGUAGUUUAGGCCAUAAAGAGUUAGACAGCACAGUGAAGAAAAAAUUAGUUUAUGAAACCUAUCCAGAUACUACUCUUGAAGAUGCUGAUUGUGCAGUGGAGGAAGUUAUUUUAUGUGACCCUGAAGACUCUUUACAGAGUUGUGAAGAACCAGAGAGUCCUCAUGAAGAGUCUGAUGAUGACCAUUCUUUUAGGGAGGAUGAAAGACAAAGUAAAUAUAUCUUGAUUGAUCAAGGCUUUGAUGAAGAUAGUGAUAAUGGAGAGGCAGCCAUGGCAGGCAAUGAAGAAACAGACAGUCUGUCUGAUUUUGAAGGUGGUGUUGUGGCUGAAGGUGAAGACUUUGGUUUGGAAGGCAGUGGCAUAUAUAUAGAAAGGGUUGACGUGGAUCAGGAGAGCACAGAAGGUACAGAUGAACUAGAGGAAAUGCUCAAUGACUUCACAAAUCCAGAUUUGGCAGCAGUAAAUAUUUCAGCUGAUGAUGAAGACGAUGAAGAAACUAGUUUGACUUUGAACCACAGAGAGCAUUUAGAUAGUCUCAUAACUGAUGAGGAACUAGAGAAUUACGCUGGCUCAGUAGGUGAUCUGGUGUCUGAAGAUGAUCAGGCUGGCACUCUAAAAGACAUUGCGGAUAUUUCAGACACUGGCCUUUUGAAUGCUGAAGAUGCUAAGAUAUUGAUGGCAGUUGACAGCUGUUUGUUUUAUGAAUUCAAUAAACCGACUUUCACAAAAGGCAAGCUACCCACAGUUGUGUGUUACUUGUGUAAGAGAGAAGGACAUCUAAAGAAAGACUGUCCAGAAGACUUCAAAAAGAUUGAACUAGAACCUCUGCCACCACUCACUUCGAAAUUCCAACAGCUUUUGGAUCAAGUGUGUAUGCAGUCUUAUGAGGAUUUUGCUCCUACUGCAUUAGAAGACAAGGCACGUGAACUUAUAAGACAGGAUCUGGAAGACUUUAUCAGGCGUGAAUUUCAGGGUGCCAGGCUUAGCUUGUUUGGGUCAUCAAAGAAUGGCUUUGGCUUUAAACAGAGUGAUCUAGAUAUCUGCAUGACAUUUGAUGGUCUUGAAACUGCUGAGGAACUAGAUUGCAUAUGGACUAUUGAAGAGUUGGCAAGACAUCUUAAAAAGCAUCAAGGGUUGAGGAACAUCCUUUCCAUUACCACAGCUAAAGUGCCAAUUGUAAAGUUUUAUCAUGUAAGAAGUAGCCUUGAAGGAGACAUCAGUUUGUACAACACUCUGGCUCUUCAUAACACUCACCUUUUGGCUUCCUUUGCUGCUAUCGACCCUAGAGUCAAAUACCUCUGUUACAUUAUGAAAGUGUUCACCAAGAUAUGUGACAUCGGUGAUGCUUCACGAGGCAGUCUGUCUUCAUAUGCAUAUACCCUUAUGGUGCUGUACUUCCUUCAACAGAGAAACCCACCUGUUAUACCUGUCCUCCAAGAGAUUUGCACAGAUGGCCAUAAGCCUGAAAUACUUGUUGAUGGCUGGAAUGUGUAUUUCUUUGCCAAGUUGGAAGAGUUGGAAAAGUAUUGGCCAGAUUAUGGGAAGAACAAGGAAUCUGUAGGUGAACUUUGGUUGGGCCUCCUUCGAUUUUAUACAGAAGACUUUGAUUUUAAAGAACAUGUCAUCUCGAUCAGAAGGAAAAGCUUGCUGACUACUUUUAAAAAACAAUGGACAUCCAAGUAUAUUGUUAUUGAAGAUCCUUUUGACUUGAACCACAACCUUGGUGCUGGGUUAUCCAGGAAGAUGACAAAUUUUAUAAUGAAAGCUUUUAUUAAUGGAAGACGUGUUUUUGGCACCUCAAUUAAAGGAAUCCCUAAAGAAUAUCCAUCAAAAAUGGAAUAUUUCUUUGAUCCAGAUGUUUUGACUGAAGGUGAAGUUGCUCCAAAUGACAGAUGCUGUCGAAUUUGUGGCAAAAUUGGACAUUUUAUGAAAGACUGCCCUAUGAGAAGAAAAGUGAGGAGGCGGAACCAUGAACACGCUAUAAACCAAAGAUAUCCAGAAAAACGACAACAAAGAAAAAUGGAGGAUAAGGACGUAAGUAGGAGCAGUGAAGGAGAUGGCUCUGGUGUAGAGGGAAGGCAGCUGUACACCACUCCUAAAAAGCCUCAACAGGGAGUAAGAGGCUCAUAUGAUGCCUGCAGAGAAAGGACGCCUAGACAUUCUGCUGAAAGGUGGAAGAGACAAGAUGACCGCGAGAUGAGGGAGAAGCGCUGCUUCAUUUGUGGAAAAGAAGGCCACAUCAAGAAAGAUUGCCCUCAAUACAAAGGGGCAACAGGUAGUCCUAGGUCUGACGUAUUGUGUGGAUCUCCAUCUGCAUCAAGUCCGCAGAAACAGCAGGCAAGGUUUAUCCAGGUUGUACCACUACAAGAUGAAAAAAAGAAACAGAAGAUGUCUUUCAGUCCUCAGUCAGGCAGCCUUUCCAGUAAAUACAUGUCUCAGGGAAAAGCCUCACAGAAGAGGGCACAACAGGACUCUUAAGAGUGAAAGCAUACUGCCGGAGAUGGAGUCUUAGGCCGUCCAUGUAUAUGCCUAUUUGUUUUUGAAAUGAAGUUUACGUUAAGGAAAGCAUCCAUGUUCACAGAACAGCAGCAGUGAAAUUAUAUUGGACAGGAUUGAUAUUUGGGAACUUUUUCUUUUAAAUUUUCUUUUUUUAAUUUCAAUAGGAAAUGGAAACUUUAAAGUUUUUUGAAGCAUUGUGUUUUAAUGUGUAACUCUUACCGUGGGCACCUGUUCUUAAUUUAUUUUUUAUUUGAAAAUUUUAACUCCCCCCAGAAACCUGUACCUAUAAUACAAGGAGAAAGUUGGACGAUUUGGGAUGCCCCCUACCACCUACACCAUUUUAAUUGCAGCACAGCUUUAACAUUCUCUACAUAUAUUGCACCAUGUAAUAGAGAUUCCUUGUUUUCUUUUUACAGAAAUGAAAUAUUUUUGAAAGGUAAAUUAUAUUUAUUGAUUUUUGUCAGGAAUCCUUGUGUUAAAUUGUUUAAAGCUUAAACAAUUUGUGGACAGCUGCUGUAUUUACAACCUGGUUUUAUUAUGGUCUGUGGAUAGCUUGAUUUUCCUUUCUAUGUAAAUACCUCAUUGGAUAGAAUUGUUGCAGAUCCCCCUCCCCCCCUCUUCUGUGUGAUUAUUUCUUAUGUAUGUAUCAUUUCUCUACAUCCUGCAAAGCGCUCUGGAUUUAUUUGCAUGAAGCGUGACCCUAAAUACGAGUUGUUCCUGAAUGUUGCUGCUAAUUUAUUUUUAUUUUUUACAUUUUUUUUUUUGUCCAUGAAAUGUGACAAAAGAAAGUGGCGUGUAGCGUAGGGUAAAAAAAUGGAGAAAACCAUGAAACAAUCGCAGGAAGCUUUUCAUUAAGUCAGACUUGCAAUAAAUCAACAAACUUUUAUGAGUUAUCUCCUAUAAACAGUGCUGUGGAAAUAUUCCAAGCUGCAGCACCUACAGUACAUGAGCAGAAACAUGGCUACCUACUAAUACAACUACUAUUAUAUGUAAUAUUUCAGCAAAACUAUGAUGUAUUGACAUACAAGUAUUGUGUUAUUCUAGAUACAAAAUUAAAUCUGCCCUUUUUUAAUUGAAUUUUUAAUUUGUCUUUUGAGAAUCUGUUACCCAAAUAAAUAUUUCUGGGUUUUCUCACUAUUUUAACGCCCAACUAAAAAAAAGUAAAAUUUUUAAUUACUUUUUUUAUAUGAUGAGAUUCCUACAUUUGCUGCUACUGUAUUAAUGCAUGCAAACCUACACAACUGUUCUUCAGCAAUAUGGCCUCGGGGUGGCUCAGACGAUUUCAGAUAGGAUUGGCUAGAACCUGUCAGGAGUUGUACAUCUUUAGCUAAUUGAGGGCUCUGUUUCAGCUUACUGUUCAGAAAAGUGCAAGUGCAAUCACCAGUGGCCUUAACAGUUGGUUACAUUGUACCCAAAAUUUGUGUGCAUUAUUGGAAACUAGCCACAGAUUAGUUUUUGUGUUUUUCCUCUAUCCCAAUGAUUUUUCUUUUGAACAUUGUAAUUGCAUUUCUAGUUUUCUUGUUACCUCUUGCUUCAUUGGCUUAAAAGCAAAGAACUGUCUGGGGAAAUAACUGAUUAAAUCUUUGUGCUUCCUUCAUAAAUUA